AGUGGGUCCUAUAUAACUGGGGAGGCAGCGGGCCGGAGGAGGCAGUCGUUUGCCAAGCCGCCCGUGAGAGGAGGAGCAGCUCCCUGCGCUCGAAAGGAAGGGAAAAGGCGACCUCGCGAUUAAUUUCAUCAACAUUCAUCUGCAAUGAAUACUGUUGAUUUGCCUCUGAUAUUUGAACUUGUGGAAGUGGAGAAUCUCACUGAAACCAAUGUGACCUGCAACAAUGGAGACUGUAUCACAGUGGACUCCUUGUCGUGCCCAAAUGUGCUUAGCAAAAGUGCUCUGCUCUAUACGCUCUCCUUUUUGUAUAUCUUUAUUUUUAUGAUUGGCUUAGUGGCCAAUUUUGUGGUAGUCUGGAUGAAUUUUCAAGCCAAAAUUACCAGCUAUGAAACUCACUUGUAUAUCUUCAACCUUGCUGUUGCUGACCUCUGUGUGAUCAUCACUCUUCCUGUCUGGGUGGUCUCCUUUGUUCAGCAUAGCCAGUGGAACAUGGGGGAAAUCACAUGCAAGAUAGCUCACCUUGUGUUCUCCAUCAAUCUGUAUGGCAGCAUCUUCUUCCUGACAUGUAUGAGUGUGGACCGGUACCUUUCAGUUGCUUACUUCAAAACUGCCAGCAGUGUUAAAAAGAAGAGACUCCGUUGCUGCAUUUGCAUCUUGGUAUGGCUCUUUGCCUUCUUUGCAGCCCUUCCUGAUACCUACUACCUUAAGACAGUUUCCUCCAACAAUGAAACCUACUGUCGUCCUGUCUAUCCAGAGGAGACUGCAAAGCAGUGGCUAGCUGGCACAGAGCUAACCUCUGUUAUUUUAGGUUUUGUCAUUCCCUUUCCUGUCAUUGCUAUUUCCUAUUGUCUUCUAGCAACAGCUGUAUCGGCCUCUAAUGAUCAAGAGAGGAAGAGUAAUGUGAAAAUCAUUUUUUCCUAUGUCCUCGUAUUCCUUGUCUGUUGGCUGCCAUACCACAUAAUUGUCUUGCUUGACUUCUUCUUGGCCUUCCAUUUCAUACCCUUCAGCUGCCAAAUGGAGAACUUCCUUUAUGCAGCCCUUCACGUUACUCAGUGCUUCUCUCUGGUUCAUUGUUGCAUCAACCCCAUCCUCUAUAGCUUCAUCAAUCGAAACUACAAGUAUGAACUCAUGAAGGCAUUUAUCUUUAAGUACUCAGCUAAAACUGGCCUUACAAAACUGAUUGAUACUUCCAAGGUUUCAGAAAUGGAGUACUCUGCUUUGGAGCAAAAUGCUAAAUGAUCAUUGCUUUGCAAAAGACCUUGCUGGGGAAGCAGAUAGCUCCUUCCCUAGUUACCUUGACUAUACUAUAUGCAUUUUACAGUAUAUAUUUUUUUAAAAAACAUAUUUUGCAGUUGUACUGAAAGAUAAAUAUAUUUAACCAUGUAUUUGAACAACAUUGUGAGUAUAAAAUGCUGUAGUUUUAAUAUUAGGUCUCCAAUUUUCUGUUGUAAGAGUAGACUGCAUAACAAAUGAAAAUUAUAUGUAUUUCUGAGUUGCUCUUCACAAAGAUUUUGUGACAAUAUAGCUGUAAUAUAGUUUUUAAAAUAUUCAUUAUUGCAUGUUAAUAUGUUUCAUGACCUUGGUCUAUUCGUUUCUUUCAGUGCCUCAUCCUCCUAUUUGUAAGUUAUUUUUUAAAUACUAUCUUUGAAAAUAAGAUGCAAGUGAUAUGCUAUUUGUGUGGGUGUGUGCGUGCACGCGUGCACAUGCGCAGGUGAACCUGAUAUUUAUUUUUAAAUUCUCUUUUGAAUCAACCUCAAGUAUUCCUGGUGACUCCAAUAUAGUUUUGGAGACAACAUUAUAGACGUGGUUUGCCAUUGUUCUCUUCUUCAGUUCCUUUUCUACAGCUCUGAAAUUCCCUGGAAGUCUUCAAUCCAAGUAGCAAUCAGAACAGAUUCCUACUCAGACAAAAUAAUAUGCAUCUCUGAAUUAUAGCUGUCAAAGCCAAAUCACAAAAAAAGGCUUUCAUACAGUAUCCUACUUGUGAGGUGCCUGUAUCAGCUACGAAUGGAUUCAAAAUAUUGAUGAACCGAGUGCAUCCAAAGUAGGCUUUUAUCAUGCAAUUCCCCUGCCACAAUCACAUAGACUUAUUGUGUGUGUGCGCGCAUGUGUGUGCAUCCAAAUGUAAUUGAUCUCUGUAACCCAUUUGUUCUCCUUUUUCUGAUCCUAAAAAUAUCCAAUAAACAGAUGUGUUAAGAAUGC